GAGUCACGCGGAGGAGGCGGAGCGGCUGAGGAAGGAGCAGGAGGAGGCGCAGAAGGAGGCUGAGAGGAGACUGACGACGGCGCUGCAGGAGGAGAGGGAGAAAGCCUCGCGCGCGGCGGAGGAGGCGGCGAAGGUCUUGCAGGAGAAGGAACAGGAGCUGGAGGCGACGAAGGAGCUACUGAAGGAGGAGGAACGGAGGAACGCGGAGGCCCUGGAGGAGCAGAGGAAGAAGCUGCACGAAGAACAAGAACAGCUGCGAAGUCGUCUGGCCCAGCUGCAGAAGACCGUCAGUUCGCGCUCCCUCUCCGACCUCGACCUCUUCGCCAGCAAGCUACAGACGAUGCGCUCAGAAUUCGAAGACAAGCUGAAGGACCGCGAGAGCCAGCUGACGGAGGCGCGGGAGGAGCUACAGGCGGCGCGGGAGGCUCUGAGGCACCAACAUCUCCUGAGUGUGGUGCGCGGGGUCGCCUCCUCCACCAACACCAACACCAGGGCCGCAACACCACACAACACCACACUUGCCAGGGCCCCCACACCCGCCACCCCUGUCCUGCCAUCUGAAGCCACCCCUGUCUGCUCCCCUGCGACUGGUGUCUUUAGUGGUAGUGGUAAUGGUGGUGGUGAUGGAGAGCUGAAUAUUGAAGUGGACGAGGGGGAAGGCGCCUCAGACUCCACUAUCAAAAGCAGCAGUAAGCAACCACACAACCGAACCCAACCCGCCGCCUUCACUUCCACCAUGUCCCGAGCGCCCACACCCACACACCCUCCACCCACACCCACACGCACCACCAGCAGGCCUCUCCCCCCUCCAUCACCUAGAACACCCACGGUCACGGUCACGCUGCCCCUCCCCCGCCCCCCUCCGCCUCCUCCUCCUCCCUCUCGCCCGGGCCACCUUAGUAAGCGAGUGUUGUAUUCUGGCAAGUCGCUGCUAAUGGAUGACUGAUUUUGGGUUGGGUCGUGUUGGGUUGGUAGUGUUGCUGUUGUUGUUCUCCUUUUUCUUUGUUAAUUUUUCGUUUUUUUUCUUCUUGUUCUUUUUGUUCAUGUUAUUCUCGUCCUUUUUCAUAAUUUUCUUUUUCAUUGUCUUUU